AGGCAACCGGUUAUUGGCGGUAACAAGUGACCGGUUUUGUCGUCUUUUUGAAUAAGGAGCCCUAGAAAGGAUCACUACAGACCGAAACGUUCCAGAUUUUCAAAUUUCCAAAUUGGCGCCUCCUCGUUUCUACGUCUCCAUCUGCCCUCUGGAUUCCGCAUCAUCCUCGAUUUGAUUCGAUCCGAUCUGCAUUUCUGAAAUUCAAACUCGGAGGUAUUGAUAAUGGGAGCAUCUCACAGUCGCGAGGGUCUGGAACUGUCAGAUUCCGAUCGUGAAGAUGGGAACGAGGUAACGAAUGAAGAGGAAGAAUAUGAGGAUGUUGAAGAGGAGCACCAAAGAUCUUCAGAACGACGACCGAAAACGCCAUCGUCAGUGGACGAGGUCGACGCGAAACUCAGGGCUCUUAAGCUCAAGUACGGAUCGUCUCAGAAGCCAAGCCUGAAGAAUGCAGUGAAGCUUUAUCUCCAUAUUAAUGGCAAUACUCCUAAGGCGAAGUGGGUUGUCUCCGAAAAACUCGCUUCUUACUCUUUUCUCAAGUCCUGCAGAACUGGUGAGUGUGGCGACGAUGAGGAAGAGGAGGAAGAUGAUGAUGAAGAGGAAGAGGAAGAGGAGGAAGGGCAAGAUGACUCUUGGUGGUUUUUGAAGGUUGGAUCGAAAAUUAGAGUGAGAGUAUCGUCUGAAAUGCAAUUGAAAACAUUCGGAGACCAGCGCCGCGUGGACUUUGUCGCGCAGGGUGUCUGGGCAUUGAAAUUUUUCAGCAACGAAGAUUAUAAGAUUUUUGUGGAAAAAUUUCAGGGGUGUUUAUUCGAGAAUACGUAUGGUCUUGAGGCUACGGAGGUGAAUAAAAUGAAGGUUUAUGGGAAGGACUUUAUUGGUUGGGCGAACCCUCAAGCGGCGGAUGAUUCAAUGUGGGAAGAUGCGGAGGAGAGUUUCUCAAAAAGUCCGAAUUCGGCUACGCCUGCCAGGGCAAACGAUUUAAUGGAGGAGUUUGAGGAAGCUGCUGAUGGUGGGAUUAAGAGUUUAGCUUUAGGGGCAUUAGACAACAGUUUCUUAGUCGGUGAUUCAGGAAUUCAAGUCGUCAAGAACUUCUCUCAUGGAAUUCAGGGAAAGGGUAUUUAUGUGAAUAUUGAUCAUGGAAAUCGGGGUCCUCGGGAAGGUGGUUCUAGUUUGGUCUACUCAACGCCGAAGAAGGCUCUUCUAAUGAAGGCCGAGACCAAUAUGCUUUUGAUGAGUCCAAUGAACGAGGGGAAGCCUCAUACGUCUGGACUUCAUCAGCUUGACAUUGAAACAGGGAAAGUUGUUACUGAGUGGAAGUUCGGGAAGGAUGGGGUUGAUAUUUCAAUGAGGGAUAUUACUAAUGACUCUAAAGGUGCUCAGUUGGAUCCGUCGGGCUCCACAUUUUUGGGUUUGGAUGACAACAGGCUUUGCAGAUGGGAUAUGCGAGACAGGAAAGGAAUGGUUCAAAAUCUUGCUAAUGCUAGUACUCCUGUCUUAAAUUGGGCUCAAGGGCAUCAGUUUUCUAGAGGCACCAACUUCCAGUGCUUUGCAACCACUGGCGAUGGCUCAAUCGUUGUUGGGUCGCUUGAUGGAAAGAUCAGGUUGUAUUCUAUCAAUUCAAUGAGACAAGCAAAAACAGCUUUUCCAGGCCUUGGUUCACCCAUUACACAUGUAGAUGUUACCUAUGACGGGCGGUGGAUUUUGGGAACAACUGAUUCCUAUCUUAUUCUUAUUUGCACUCUCUUUACCGAUAAGGAUGGGAAAACGAAGACUGGAUUUUCUGGUCGAAUGGGGAAUAGGAUUUCAGCUCCAAGGUUGUUGAAACUGACUCCUCUGGAUUCGCAUUUAGCUGGAGCAGACAAGAAGUUUCGAAAUGCUCAAUUCUCAUGGGUCACUGAGGAUGGGAAGCAGGAGCGCCAUUUGGUUGCGACAGUGGGCAAAUUCAGUGUGAUAUGGAACUUCCAACAAGUGAAAAACGGGACACACGACUGCUACCGCCAUCAAGAGGGCCUAAAGAGCUGUUACUGCUACAAGAUCGUUCUUAAAGAUGACUCCAUUAUUGAUAGUCGUUUCAUGCACGACAAAUUUGCAGUGACCGAUUCGCCCGAGGCUCCAUUGGUGAUCGCAACGCCCAUGAAAGUUAGUUCCUUCAGUAUAUCCAGCAGGUUAAGAGGCUGAGAUUCAGUACCAGCCAGCAUAUAUCCUCCGCUACAGGCUUUUGUUCUUCUGAUGCAGUUAUAGCUGCCUCUUUCCAAGUGGCAUGUAAGGUUUAGAACCUUAUAUAUUAUAGAUACCUUGGGUAGUUUUAAACAUCUAUUAAUGAAUUCUCUAAAUGUAUUUGUAAUUGUAUUCUAUUUUAAGCUCUUUGAUGCCCCGUGGUAGAUUUUCUUUAUCAAUUGCGAUUGAGAAAGCAAUUAUUCUAAUAUCGACCUCAAUUUUUAUUCCUUGUA